CUUUGAGUACGUGAACGGAGCGGGCGGGGUUAACUGCUGACUGCUUACUGCCCGCCCCUCUGUUCUGUUUACUGACCGAGCAGGAGCUUUCCGUUCGGCCCGGGAUCUCAGAGUCCAGAGCCCAGAGACCGCAGGGUCCCGCAGACAUGGAGCCUCACGGAAGAGACGAAAACCGGGUUCCAGUGCUGCACAUUGUCGUGGUGGGAUUUCACCACAAAAAGGGCUGUCAGGUGGAGUUUUCGUACCCCCCACUGAUGCCCGACGAGGGUCACGACAGUAACCUGCUGCCUGAGGAGUGGAAGUAUCUGCCGUUCCUGGCUCUGCCUGAUGGAGCGCACAACUACCAAGAAGACACAGUGUUUUUUCACCUGCCCCCCCGCAGUGGAGACACCAAGUGUGUUUAUGGAGUGUCCUGUUAUCGUCAGAUAGUGGCAAAGGCCCUGAAGGUGAGACAGGCUGAUGUCACCAGGGAGACGGUCCAGAAAAGUGUCUGCGUCCUGAGUCGAGUGCCUCUCUACGGCCUCGUCCAAGCCAAGCUGCAGCUCAUCACUCACGCCUACUUUGAGGAGAAGGACUUUUCUCAGAUCUCCAUCCUGAAGGAACUCUAUGACCACAUGAACGGUUCUCUGAAAGGAUCGGUUCUGGAGGGAUCGCAGGUUUAUCUGGGUCUGUCUCCCAGAGACUUGAUCCUGAACUUCAGACACAAGGUUCUGAUUCUCUUCAAACUGAUCCUGCUGGAAAAGAGAGUUCUGUUCUACGUGUCUCCUGUCAACAGACUGGUUGGAGCUCUGAUGACCGUCCUCUCACUGUUCCCAGGGAUGAUGGAACAUGGACUCGUGGACUCGUCCCACUACAGAACCAGGAGCAGCGUCUCUGAGGAACUGGUCCUGGUGGACAGCACCUGUGGAGCAGAGGAGUUUGUCUCUGUGUCGGUCACAGACUUUGACACCCCCGUGCCGGAGGGGGAGGGGUUGUUUGAGGCCCCGCCCACCGGUGAGGCUCCACCCUCUGAGAACAGCAGCCUCCUCAAACCUCCGUCCCGGACGUCACCAGAGUCGUCAGAGAGCGACUGGGAGACGCUGGACCCCAGUUCUUUAGAAGAGGCCGCUCCUAAAGAGGCGGAGCUUCAUGAGCAGUCAGACUCCGCCUUCAUACCCACUCCGUCCACGCCCAUCACCGUGCAGCCGCAGGCACUCAGCGGUCAGGGCAACGUGGUCCCAGGGCUGGUGUCAGGUCUGGAGGAGGACCAGUACGGUCUGCCGCUCGCCGUCUUCACCAAGGGCUACCUGUGUCUCCCCUACAUGGCAUUGCAACAGCACCACCUGCUGUCUGACGUGGCAGUGCGCGGCUUCGUGGCCGGAGCGACCAACAUUCUGUUCCACCAGCAGAGGCACCUGAGCGACGCCGUCGUUGAGGUGGACGAAGCUCGGAUCCUGAUCCAGGACCCUGAGCUGAGGAAGGUCCUGAGUCUGACCACGGCUGACCUGCGGUUCGCCGACUAUCUGGUCAAACAUGUGACGGAGAACAGAGACGACGUCUUUCUGGACGGGACGGGCUGGGAGGGCGGAGACGAGUGGAUCAGAGCUCAGUUCACGCUGUACCUGCACUCGCUGCUGUCCUCCCUCUUCCACGAAGAUAGCGAGAGACUGCUGACUGAUUACGGCGCCCCCUUCGUCUCUGCGUGGAAAAUCACCCACAACUUUCGGGUUUGGCACAGCAACAAACACCCAGCCAUGACGGCCAUCACACCAGGACACCCGUUCCAGGGACAGUACAGCGUCGCUGACGUCAAACUGCGUCUGUCACACUCGGUGCAGAACAGUGAGCGAGGGAAGAAAUUAGGAAACGCUAUGAUCACCACCAGUCGGAGCGUGGUCCAGACGGGGAAGGCAGUCGGUCAGUCAGUGGGCGGGGCCUUGACCAGCGCCAAGUCGGCCAUGUCGACCUGGUUCUCCACUCUGGCCCAGCCAUCCGCGGUGACUCCUCCCACAUCUGUUGAACCGGUGACUGAGGUCAAACCGUGAUGAGUCGUCAGAAACCACUCCCCCAAAUAUCCUACAGAGACUUUGAAGUGGGAGGAGCUUGUUUUUGACGACACAGGUGAACUUUUGACCCAGAGCGCGGUUGUUUUUCUGGAUGGUUACGAUGGCUGUUCCCGGGGUCGCAGCAGGACCAGUGUGCAGACUCCAGGGUCCUGAGCUGGUGGGGGCGCUGAAGUGGACGCUCUGUGUUUUUGUUUUGUUUUUUCUCUCUCUGUGCUGCACAUGUCAGGGGUUCGAUUCUACUGUCCGUGGUUGAGCUGACGUAAAGAAACUGUGUUUUUGUUGGAGAGGAAGAGGAUUUAUAUAUAAACUCUCUCAACCUGUGCAUUUGAUUCUUUCUCAUAAAACUUGAAUCAAUCCAUGUUCUGUAGUGAUGUCACAGUCACAUGAUCUUCUGAUCGGUCCCUUCCUACAGCUGAUCAUCCAUGUCCUCCUCCACUACAUCCAUCAGUCUUCUCUGGUCUCUCCUUCUUCUCCUCUUUCAUGUUCAUGCUCCAUCUUCAUCAUCUCCACCUUCUCUCCUCUCUGACUUCACCUCCACCUCCAGCAGGUGUCACUACUGUCUGCUGAAACCUUGACUUUUACUUUAGCUGCUGUCUGUGUCUGUCUGUGUCUGUGUCUGUGUGAAUGCAGGAGAUGGAUGUAUUUAUUCAUCAUAUUUGAAUGACUAUGAAAACACUGGAGGGAAACGUCCUAAACCCUGGACCACAUUUAUGUGUGUGUGUGUGUGUCACUUGUGUCAGUUUAUUUUGUGUAGACAACAUAUUCACAUUCUUUUUGUCUGGUCCACAUACAAAGAUCUGGCCUACACUGGUAUUCAAAAUGUGGGCCACAUGUCAGUCAAACAGGUUCUGACCCACUGGUGUCUGACGUUUGGUCCACAUCAUGGAUACACAGAUGUGGGUCACUGUGUCUGUGGGCGAGACCUGUCCACGUUGUGGUCUACACUGCCAUUUAUUUGUCCUCGUCUGGGUCAUGUCCCAGUUUUUAGGGUUUUUUUUUAUUCAUUAAUAAUCGUGUUUUUUGUCUUUCCAUCAGUUCAUGUCUGAUUUUCUUUUGUUUUCUUUUUAAUCUAAUUUUGGUUUUUACUGUCUGAUAAAAUUAUUUUCAUCUUUGUACUGAGAAGAUUUUUAUGUAUUGUGACGUAAAAGAUAUGGAACACAUUUUUUUCUUGACAGAUUCUUUAACCUAUUUGAAGAGAACACGAUUUAUUGCUGUAAAUAAAACAACUAUUGAAGAAGCA